AUGUCCCAGACACGAUACGCCGAUCGUCCUAUCCCCCAAAUAUCGCUACGAGAUUUCGAAGCCCGCAUCGAUGAGAUAACAGCUGAGCUGGUUGACGCCGCAGAAAACGUCGGCUUCUUCACUAUAGUGGACCAUGGCCUCGAACUCGCGGAAAUCGAGGCUAUGUUUGGAAAUUCCAAGAGCUUUUUUGGCCUCUCAGACAACCUCAAAGCUACGGUGCCGUGGAGCUCGAAGAAUGUUGGCUGGGAAAAAAACUCGCAGGUGCGCCCUUCGACUGGACAGCCUGAUACAAAGGAGUCAUACCAGCUUCAGUUUGGAGCCAAUAUGGACGGAUUCUGGGUUGAUGAGAGCCACUUGCCCAGUUUCAAAAAGACCUCCCUUGAGUUCAUGAAUCGCGUGCAGGGUAUUUCCGAAAGCCUAAUGCGUUGUUUUGCGCGUGGACUGGGCUUUGAAGAUGACUUCUUUGUCAAAGCUCACGAUGUAUCACGGUCAAAUUCGCAGACAGUGUGUCGACUACUACACUACUUUACGCUCCCGGAGGACUCAGACGGCAAAGUUUAUCAUCGGGCGGGCGCACAUGCUGACUGGGACUUUUUAACCCUGUUAUUCCAGAAGCAGGGGCAGAGUGGACUUGAGAUAUGCCCCGGGCGCGAGGUGGUCACUGAGUUUGGCAUCGGUGACGUUUGGACUAAAAUUGAGCCCAAGACAGAGGAAAUCGUGUGCAACAUCGGUGACCUUCUCAUGUCAUGGUCAGACGAUCGCUUCAAAUCAACCUUUCACAGGGUCAAGGCGCCUUCUGAGCCGGAUGACUUUUAUGGGGACCGGUACAGCAUUGCCUUCUUCAACCAGCCUUGCACAGAUUCAGUCAUCCAGGGGCCGCUGGGGAAAUAUCCGGUUAUAACCGGAGAGCAGUUUACGGCAAACGCGAUGAAAAGAAAUUUUGCAGCUCUACAAGAAAAACUAAAAGCCAUAGAGGCAGAUUCUUAG